AUGACCCGUGGUCCACAACGCGAACGUGAGCGUGCUCGUGCUGAAGCCAGGAAUUCUAAACAUGAGAAGAAGGGAGCUCAAGGAGAUCUUGCCGCAAGAAAAGAGCGUGAUGCAGCCGCAAUGAGAGCAAAACAAGAGGCAGCAGCAGCUAAGAAGGCAGGAGAUGCAAAGUAA